AUGGGAACUAUACGAAUCAACCGUAUACAAGAUUACUGGAAAACAGAUUCACUGUUUGGUUUACUUGCAUUUUCAGAAAAUAUGAGCAGGAAUCGGUUUUUGUUGUUACUGAGGGCAUUGCACUUCGCAAAAAACCCAGAUCAGAAUACAGAGCUUCCAAAGGAUCGACUGUAUAAAGUAAGAGAUAUGGUGAAUUUGUUCAACGCGCCAGUAUCUGAAAUAUAUUACCCAGGGCGUGAGAUUAGUUUAGAUGAAUCGAUGGUAUUGUGGCGUGGACGGCUUAUGUUCAGACAGUAUAUACCAAAUAAACGUCACAAAUAUGGUAUCAAGUUGUACAUGAUCGCAACUCCUGAUCGUAUAGUUCUGAAAUUUAUGAUAUAUACAGGCAUAUUGGAUGAUUCUGGUGGAAAAGAACAUGCAAAAAAAGUAGCUAUGAAUUUACUCUAG